UCGGUGGGACUGGUUAACGUCAAGAGAUGUCAACUCCCCCUCUCGCUGGGGCAGGCAUGCCGCCUGGUGCUUUCUCAGGGACGCAGGCUCAAGCAGCCAGAGAGGUAAACACAGCUUCUCUCUGUCGAAUUGGCCAAGAGACUGUGCAGGACAUUGUAUUUCGAACCAUGGAAAUCUUCCAGUUACUGAGGAAUAUGCAGUUACCGAAUGGUGUUACUUAUCAUACUGGAACAUAUCAAGACAGACUGGGAAAGCUGCAGGAACAUCUCCGUCAGCUAUCAAUACUCUUCAGAAAACUGAGACUAGUCUAUGACAAAUGCAAUGAAAACUGUGCUGGGCUUGAUCCUGUUCCCAUAGAACAACUUAUUCCAUAUGUUGAAGAAGAUGGCUCCAAGCAUGAUGAUCGUGGUGCUGCAAGUCAGCUUCGUUUUGCUAGUGAAGAGAGAAGGGAAAUCAUGGAAGUAAAUAAGAAACUGAAACAGAAGAAUCAGCAGCUGAAGCAGAUCAUGGAUCAGUUACGGAAUCUCAUUUGGGACAUAAAUGCCAUGUUGGCAAUGCGGAACUGAACAAGGAAAAUCAAACUUUGUAAUUGGAAUAGAUACAAAUUUGUUUAGAUAUAUUUAAUUUCUUUGUAAGAAGUAACAUGUUUUUCCCACAACCAUAUUGCAAUAAUGUUUCAAAAGUCUUCAAGAGUAAAAUGUUUGGGU